AAGGGGUGGGGCAUCCGCAGCCCCGAGCUGAUCCCGCGCGGCUCCUUCGUCUGCGAGUACGUCGGCGAGUACAUCUCCGACGACGAGGCGGAGAGCCGAGGCAUCCGGUACGAUAACCAAAAGAUGAGUCGGCUGAUGGACGUGUACGGAAACGGCAGGGAUGCGGUCCACAUGUGCAUCGACGCACGACAUGGACGAGGCCGCUUCCUCAACCACUCAUGCGAGCCGAACGUCUUCAAGCAGCGCGUGUUUUGCGACCACCACGUGCGGCUGCCCAGGAUAGCCUUCUUCGCCCUCGUGGACAUCCCGCCUCGCGUGGAGCUCUGCUACGACUACGGGUAUGUGGACGUGCCGGGCAAGACCAUGCCAUGUCUCUGCGGCGCAAAGAGCUGCAAAAAGCUGCUGUAUUGA